GCGUAUUCCGCCGUGCCGUUCCGAUGGGUUCAUCCGGAGCCUACUCGUUUCGCAGGCUUACUCUAGCACAUCUUCAUGAUAAUCCACCAUUAUUUGCUACCGGAAGGCGGAAAAGCUCUUCAACUGCGCAGCCUCGCCCCUCUAUUACUUCUGCCACAAUCGGAGUUGGAGACCCUUUCAUACCAUAUUACCACUACCGAAAACCUCCUAGUAGACCUCCGAGUAGGCCACCCAGUAAACCUCCGAGUAAUAGAAACUCUGCUGCUCUAAGUCGACACAACACAGUAAGAUCUCAUCAGUUUGCAUUUGCAUAUGAUGAGAACAUUGGUCGCGUGAAAUGGGAAGAAUAUAAUCGACGAGAAGGUAUCGAAGAUGUUCCUGAACAACCAAUUGUGGUGCGGGUGCCAAUUUGGAGGAGGAUUUUGAAAUUAUUAAAAAUCCUUCUACCUCAUGUUGGUCUUAACGUUCUAUUGUUGUCGUAUAUCGCCAUGGGAGCAACUGUAUUUAUUUGGCUCGAAGCAGAUCAUGAAUUAGAAGGCAGAAAGGCCAAGGUGAAGCACGUCUUUGAUAUCUAUUCCCAAAUUAUGAAUGAAACUAUUGCCCUUACAAAUAAUCAAAGUGAUCAAGCAACGAUUGUUAGUCGGAUGAGACCAUUACUUGAGUCAUUAUCAAGAGCUCACGAGUACGAUGAUAAAUUCACUGAUACAAAUCAAUUAUGGACAGGUGAGCAGGAUGGGAUGACGACAAGAUGGACAUUUGCUGCAGCUACACUUUAUGCACUUACUGUGAUAACUUCUACCGGUUAUGACCAUGUGACCCCGGCCACUGAUCCAGGAAGAAUCUUUACUGUGUUUUUCGGACUCAUAGGAAUUCCGUUAAUGUUCAUCACCGCAGCCGACAUAGGAAAGUUCUUAUCAGAAAUUGUUAUUCGAACAUAUGCAAAACUUCUCGCGAUGUGGAAAAUGAUAGCCAACUUGGUCGAACUUGUUAGGACACAUUUAUUCGACACAGACGUUGACUCAAUAGACUCUAUGGAGUUAAAAAAGAGCAAAAAACGAAAUGCGAGUAGUCUGGACGACGAAGAAUGUGAAGAUGAGGAAGAUCGAUUACAGUUGCCCAUUGCUAGUUAUUUCACGCUAAUUAUUGGAUACUGUUGCGUUGGAAGUUUAUUAUUCAAUACGUUUGAAAAAGGACCCGUAUGGUCAUUCAUUCACGGCGUCUUCUUCUCAUUCAAUACCAUCACAACAAUUGGAUUGGGAAAUAUUCGAGUUCAGCAGCACUACUACCUUGCACUCGCGGUAUCUUAUGUAAUUAUCGGUCUUGCUGUCAUCACUGCAUCACUGGAUCUCUGUUCCUCUACACUGAAACGAACAUUUACCAAACUUCACUACUUUGGAAGAAAGAUUCGUGGUGCUCGACGUGGUUUUGCAAAUAUGAGCGAUGACAUCCGAGAAGCAAUGCGAAUAAUUGCUGCGUUGAAAAAGACAAGGCCAUCGAAAGAUCGAAUAACUUUGGAAGACUUGAAGCGGUUCCUUGAAGUUCAGGAGCAUCUGCUCCGACAACCAUAUGUCCCUUAUAACGUUCACCUCCUUCGAUGGAUCGAAGACAAUUAUGCACAAUACAUGGAUGAUGUCUCUGGAGGUAAAACACCAAUGUCCCCAUCUCGUCUGUCUCACAAAAUGUCCUCCAGCGACCCGAUGCUCUUUUUCUGAUUUUGUUUCCGAGUUCCCACUUUCAAACAAAUUCCCCCCGUUCUACUGGGUAUGCCACUUUUGAUAUCAGGUUUUUUUUGCUUACCGUUAUUUAAUCUUUAGAACGUUUUUGUGUUUUAAUUUUAGCCAAGUUGGUUCCACCGUUCAGUCGUAAAAUUUUGAACUUUACUAUCUACUGUCGUAUCGCUGUUUAUAGUAGGAACUGUCCACUUAAAAAUCUUUCAAAAAACGUUGGUGAUUUAUGUUUCUGAUAUUUAAAAAUUUCCCUAAAUUGUUCUUUAGACUUUUUCCGUUUCAGUUUUUUUUUCUCUGAUGAUUGUGAAUUUUAGCCUAAAAAGAAUCUCCUUCAAAGUUGAUCAGAUAACAGUAUCCUUUCUUUUUCCAGCUUUCUCAUUUCCAAUUGUGAUCUUAUAGGGUUUUCAUCUUUUCUAUAUGUUUUUUGAAUAUUUUAUCACUUUGCUAUUUUCUCUUUUCUUGUUCUUUUUUUUCAAUUUUUUUCGCGAUUUUAAUUAAAAUUAUCUAACAAGAAUAACAUCCAUUGAAUGAAAAACUACAUUUA